CGAACCUAGAUAUUUCACAUCACAAAUGACCGCCACAGUGUCGCGUCGAGGGACAAAUAGCCACGGACAUGCACACAAAUGCACACCAGCCACCACACACGAGCGGUCCAUCUCUCACAUACGAUUAAGGCGGCACCGACCUCGGUCGCAACUAAGAACACGCAAACACAUCGAUAAAGCGUCAGAUGGCUGGAUAAGUCACAACCAACCACACCAUUUUCAGACCCAUCCCACACUCAGCCACCCAUUCGAUCACCGAUAGGGCCCCCCUCGCCAUCCGCUGUCCCCGCACCCCCCUGCCGCUCCUCCUCGUAUAUCAGCCGGGCCCCCAGCAACGCCUCCAGAGGCCACCCGUCCUGCAUCCGCAGCCGCCGGGCAAGCGACGGCACACUGGGGGCCUCCCCCGUCUGAGUGCGCGUUGAUGGAGCCGAGUCUUCCAGCGGCCGGCUGCCGGCAGGUGAUUCCACGCUGAGGGCCUCCUGCUGCUCUGUGCCGGGAGGCUUGUCUUGUCCCCCCUUGGCUGUCGGCCGCUUCUUCUUUCUCCGACGUGUCUUGGCCUUGGUAAUGUUGGUCGCCUCUUCGUCAGGCAUAAUCCGGCCAGCAGGGCCUUCAUCGUGGGCAGAGAGCGAUGGCUGGAUCUCAGAGGGGGCCGUCAGACCCACAGCAGCAGCUUGAGCGAGGCCUCUGCGGUAGGGCUGCCGUAAUGCAGGGCCACCACCAGCGGCGACAUCGGCCGGUGAGGGCAACGGACAGACAGUCUGCUCCUGGCCCCUCUGGCCGGCCACCGCCGCUGUCCUGGACUUCUUGUCUUUUCUUAUCUGCUGUUUCUCCGGGAUGUCGGCUGCACUGCUGCUCUCCUGUGGCUGCUGCUGACUCGACUGGCCUGCUGUUGCCGACUCGGCUGGCAAGAUGCCGCUCAAGAGACCGACAGCCCUUUGUUGAAUCUCGGAACGGUUCGCCCACAUCCGGAUGGAGAGAAGCUUCAGGUAGUCGCCGGCAAGCCAGGUGGCCGUGCUUCUGAGCAGCCACAUGCCGUUGGGCGGUGAGAUGAACAGAAGGGAGCAUGGGUAUCCCAGGUUGAGAGAGUGGAUGGUGGGGCCUUGAGCAACGGUCAUCACGAUGUCGCAGCAGACGGUGACCAGGAGGGCCGGCCGCAGCAGUCCGCACCAUAGCAGAGGGAAGCCGACAGCGAGGUCAAUGACACGGACGAUGGCAUGCCCCAACAUGAGUGUUAAAACUCCAACCCACUUCGGCAGAGACCUGCCGUCGCCAAGCUUCCUCUGCUCCCUUGUCCGACGCACAGCAUAGUUGUAGAACUCUGCCCACAUCGUCCACAGCCCAUAAGCAGAGCUCGCCACCGUCAGCGCACCGAGCGCCGUCACCAACAGCUUCACCAGAUAGCAGCAGCCACCCACCAUGCCGGCAAGACGGUGACAAAGGUAUUGCGGCAUCAGUCGCAGCAGCGCCGCCUUGCGCACGGAAGGCUCACCAACAACGGCACAACAAGAAAAGGCCCAACAGCACAAACCGUGAGGCUCAGUGAGGAAAACGAGCAGCAGAUGCAGGCCAAGCGAAAUCCCCAGGCACACUCGGACAAAGUCAAUGCCGAACUGAGUGGAGAGGAUGCUCACGAGGCUCAUCAGAGCAGUGAAGAGCAUGACAGCGAAGACCAUCCUCGGAUCCCGCCACAAACUGUGCCGUCGCUUACCAUCCGCGUCGCCUUUUUCCGUCCCUUGCUCAUAGCGCAGCCAAAGUCGCCAUAGCACCAAGUCCACAUCGAAGUGGAAGAAGAGGGAGACAAUAACGAGGACAAUCAGCCCCGACAAAGCCCAAACAAUCAGCCGAUAGGUCGACCUGUAGCAGGCGUCGGCGAUAAGGGUCGAGCAGAGGAAUGCCAGCAGGACAAUAUACUGCAGCAUCCUCAGCACGACAAGACCAUAGGCCAUCCCCGCCUUCAGCACGUAUGUGCGCCCCCAGGGCACCUUGACAGCUUCUGGCACCUUGAUAGCCUCCUCUCCCAUGUAGGUGCUGCCAACGAGAGAGAAGCCAGCCAAAAGGGCGGCGCCGAGAGCCAGAGUGAGUAGAAGGAGCCACAGAAUGCCCAACCACCACAUAAGCUGCCCCAUCCAGCCCCUCGCGCCUCCCUCAACCUUAGCCGACCCCUGCCCCGCCGUCACCACUGGCACUUUGACCCAAGCUGGGGUCCGAUCCCUCGGCCGCGUCUGCCAAAACACAUGAACGAACGCAUUAGCACGUUCACCGUCAGAUCGAUGCAUGUGUGUGCGUGUGUGUGGAUGAUUCUCACCUGUGAGAUCGCCGGUCGUUGAGGCGCUCGGGAAGGUCACAUAUUGUGUGCUCGGCCACCGUAGCCACGGCCGUGUGUGGGGCUGGUCAGGGAAGGGAGACUCCCGACGCCGACAUGUGGCCGCCGCGAGAAAAUGCUUGACGCCUGUGUCGGUGUCAUUCAGCCACGAGGCCAUUUGGAUGGGUGUGAGGGCCAACUGGAGAUAGCAAGAGCGGCACACGGCCAGCAGGUGGGCCAGAGUCUCGACGCUGUCCUCAUCAUCCUCAUCACAGCCAUCUGCUGCCCCCGACCCGAUGCCGUCAGCAGUGAAGACGGUCCCGUUGAACAUGACGCUGCCCGAGGUCGGCUGCAGGUAGAGAUGGAAGCAGUGGCCAAACGACCCAGCCCUCUCGUCCAACACACACAGGAUAACCGCCUCAUAGCCGUCGGGCACGGCGGGCCGCCUCUCCAGCUUGUCCUUGGCCGUCGUCUGCUGCCGAGAGAGCCGACAUGCCUUCCUCACGUCGACACGCAGAGUGAAUGGGUCGUAUCUCUCGUCGCGAGAGGCCGUCCCGGUGGCAUUCAGGUCGACAGAUCUGCCCGACUGGCGGCCGAGGAAGGGAAUCAACGAUGCGAUGCUCCACCAGCCGCCCUCUGCUGUACCGCCAUCAGUGGCAAUGAGUCGUGAGUCGUCGAAUUGCACCUGCUUGCAGGGCUCGAGAGGGCCGAGGUAGUCGUCCCAGCUGCUGAUGACGGACCAGCAGACCACCGCAGCGGCAAGCAGAGGGACGCACGAGAAGAAAUGCGCCUCCUUCAUCUCCC